GGGGAAAGGAACAAUGGCUUUGAUGUCCUCUAUCAUAACAUGAAACACGGACAUUUGUCAACAAAAGACUUAGCAGACUUUAUAAGAGAAAGGGCUACAAUAGAGGAGGCAUAUUCAAGGUCAAUGACAAAACUAGCCAAAUCAGCAAGCAAUUACACGCAACUUGGGACAUUUGCACCAGUUUGGGAUGUUUUCAAAACCUCAACAGAAAAGCUAGCAAGCUGUCACUUGGAUCUUGUGCGGAGAUUACAAGAGCUAAUAAAAGAAGUUCACAAGUAUGGAGAUGAACAAAUCAAAGCUUAUAAAAAGACUAAAGAAGACGUUUCAGGAACAUUGGAAGCAGUGCAAAAUAUUCAAAGUAUCACUCAGGCCUUACAGAAGUCAAAGGAAAACUACAAUGCAAAGUGUGUUGAACAAGAACGUUUGAAAAAGGAAGGAGCAACACAAAGAGAAGUUGAUAAGGCAGCAAUUAAAUCAAAAAAAGCUACAGAUACCUAUAAACUAUAUGUGGAGAAAUAUGCUGCAUUUAAAACUGAUUUUGAACAGAAAAUGGCAGAAACUGCACAGACAUCUGAAAUUGAAGCUUUUGAAAAACUGGUUCAAGAUAGAAUGACCUCCUUUGGAAUUGAUAUGAACAAGAAUGUCAGAAGUAAUAUGUUUGAAGGGCAAACACUGACCAUGUAUAAUAUAGUAGCAAUGAAAGAAUCACUGAAGUGUAACAUUCCUCCUGGAGAGUUUCCAGAAAUAAGAGUAGAUGGAAUCAAACUGACGUGUGAACACAUACUGCUGCUACCCAAAAUG